AGGACCAGGAAGGUGUACAGUUAUAUUUGGGGCUUACUCCUGAAGGGAUAGCUAUAAUACGAGAAGCUAAGAAAGUGUCUGGUUUUCCUUGGUGAGUUUUAGCAGCAUUCAUUUUAGCUGGCCUUAAAAUAUCUUCUAUAGGACCGUCUGACAAAAUGUCCAAUGACUUUUGAGUUUGGCCUUUGGCCUUUGGGACGGACAUAUAUUUUUGUGCGUGCGGCCGCGUAUGCAUAAGUCUAUCGGGGACUGGUACGGGUAAUUAGCAUUCUCGUACCCAGAGCCCUUCUUACGCGCGGUGCGACGAGGGGCUCUGGCCAAAUCCAUAUCCGAACUGGCAUCUGAUUGGCUAGUUCUAACACCGGAUAUUGUUUUCUUACCAUGUUUUAUGGUAUCCGGUUAUGGAUUUGGCCAGAGCCCCUCGUCGCACCGCGCGUAAGAAGGGCUCUGGGUACGAGAAUGGGGUAAUUAGCUAUGUGGGCACAAAGGCACGGGUGCUCAGCAAUAUAUUUCAAAUCUGUUGGUGUAUUUGAUGCCACGGUUAACAUAACAUCCAAUAUGCUUUCAGGGGGGACGUGUUAAAAGUUUCCUACGACAGUAGAGUUUUCUAUGUCCAAAUUCAAAAGGAAGAGGUUAGUUCGUGGUAUUUCGUGUAAACUUACUUCAAUUUUAAAGUCGGAAGAGGUGUGUUACUUACUUCAAAUAUUUUAUGUUUGGAAAAUGUUUCAGCGCAAAGCAAACUACGGAUUCCGGCUUCCAGACCACGGUGCUUGCAAACACUUAUGGAAAUGUGCUAUAGAACAUCAUACGUUUUACAGGUACAAAAACCGUAUACUUAUUGCUUGUUAUUAAGAACGUUGGCUGUAAUCAGUCUUUUUAUUGCUGUUAAUUCUAGGUUACUUGUAUUCCAUUCUGUGCUUACAUUAUCAGAACAGUGUAACUAGACAUGUGAGUUAUCCCACCAAAUUCACUCACAAUCUCACAUAUAUAAUCUAAAUGCUUGGUUACCUUUGUUCCAUUCUAUGCUUGCAUUAUCAGAACAGUGGUAACUAGACAUGUGAGUUAUCCCACCCAACCUUUGUUCCAUUCUAUAUGUUUACAUUAUCAGAACAACGGUAUAACUAUGCAUGCGAGCGUUAACUGAAUAAGACUGCAUCUUGUUGUCUUGGGUUUUUUUUCUAGUAACGAGAUUAAACCAGGAAAGGUACGACGUUCGUCUAGCCUGUCACCACAAAGAUUCUUCAAACGACAUUCGAAAUAUCAAUAUAGGUACGUCAACGUUCCAUCAUACAGACCAGCUGGUCAACUAAUUCUAAUGACGUUCAUUACUCGCAUCUGUUGAAGAAUGGUUAUAAGGAUAAUAAGUUAUAUACACAGAGUAUGAUUGCAUGUCCAAUUCACCCGAGCCAGAUGCUCAUGAUAAACGGAAGAAGUUAUUUCACUCACCUCAGAAUGACAUUUCGUCAAAACUUUUUUCUUCAAGAUUGGUUUAGAAACAAACUUGGAGUAGGGUUAGGUUAGGGUUAGAGUUGGUGUUUGGAAUAGGGUUAGUGUUAGUAAAACCGUUGCUUUGUUGCGUUUUGUCACUCUGAGGCCAGCGAAAUAACCUCUUAUAAUAACCAUGAUAAACGUGCUCCCGAAAUAAGGUCAAAUAUCGAUGAACUUGUGGUUAGAGCUUGACAACUGAACUCUGUAGUUCAGUUGGUUAAAGCGCUGCACCAGAAUCGUAGGGCCGCGCAGGUUUGAUGCCUGCUAGUUGCAUUUUUCAAAACUGCUUCUGGUUAGACAUAGGCGUACGGGACGGGGGGCACGGGGGCAGCUACUAAACAGAUUCAGGAGAAUCGAAAAGUCGGGCAAAUGUUCAACAAAAGUCGGGCAAAAGUCGGGCAAAAAGUAGUCAAAACAAGAAAAUCUCGCUUAAUAAUAACACCAGUUUGUUGGGCAAACAAAGCCAGUUGGGCAAUAUUCGCUUCUCAGUCGGGCAAUAUUUGGUUAUUAUAAAAAUAAAUGGGACAAUUCUGUCAAUUUUGUGGGAAAUUAUGUCAAUUUUUGGGAAAAUUUGUUUGAUGUUCCGACAAAUUUAAUAUGUCCGAAAAAUUUUUUGACCCCUAAAAUGGUACACUGACCGAAAUUUUUUUGGCGAAAUUCCUUUGACCGAAAUUCAUUCUUUCCUUCCCGUACGCCUAUGUGGUUAGAUCUAAUAAAUGUAUGACAAGCAACGCAGGAUGUUACCGCGGCGACGCGUUCUCGCACAGAGCACGUUUUAUUACAUUACUGUUAUGUUCUGUAGUGGCCGAACUCAAGACCAAGUCAUUAAAGACAGUUUGAGUAUACAACGUCCUAACCCUGAGAUAAAAAGGUAAUAUUAAUGAGAUAAUAGCUGUAUCUGUAUUCCCAAGAGGUCCAGUAAAGACGAAGCUUAGAUGUUCCCUUGUCCCCUAUCAUUCCUUUGGCUUUGUUCCCAUUUUCCCAUGACAAAAUACGCCUUGUUCCCCAGAAACCCCUGGGAGACCCUCGCCUCUGUCCCUAUCAAACAUAGUUCCGUAAUAAUUAUCUACCUCAACGAAAUACAUCUUUACACUACUUUCAGAACGCCAAGUAUUCGAAUUUCAACUAGACAAGACGUGUCAAAGAAGUCCUCUGAGACCGCGAACAACAACCGAAAUACAGCGGACACUCCCUCAGGCGACGGCUCAACCAGCACAUUCUCGGGCUCAGACCCCCUGAAGGAAUUCGAAACCGAACAUAUCCCGGAAGUGCCGCCCGAUGACCACAACCAUUCGCAAAUCGACCUUGUGGAUUCGAAGUGGACUGGGAACGAGAACGGACCAGUGACGGAAGUCGGGGCGGUGAGCGACAGUGAGACGCCUGAGAACGAGGGCAACGUGGCCCUGUCGGUUCUAUUUAUAUUGUUAUUAGUAGCCUUAAUCAUAAUCCCCGUAGCAGUCGUAGUGCAGAGCAACAAAGAGGCCAUAAAAUCAUCAUCAGCUUACCAAAGUUUCGCCGCGUGGUUUCAAUCAGUUACUGGAGUCAACAUUCUCUGAUGUCAGCGGACUUAUCACAUGAAGCAUGCUCAUUCGAUCAACGCAUCAAUGCUUGCAAACAUCAACUUUGAACUAACAGCUGUUCAAGGGCUAUAUUUAAUGUGUGUGUGCUGUUAUUUCGUACUGACGAAACCUGUAAUUAGUUGCAUAUAUUUUAUUUUUGCUCCAUGUAACAAGUAUACUUAAAUUAAGACUAUUUUAAAUUCUUAUCAUAGCUCGAAUUAAUUAAACUCAGAUAUUUAUGGCCCGUUUUUAUCCGAUCAUCCAAGUAUAUAAUUCAAAUCAUAGUCAAUAGAAUAAGAAGGUUAGAAAACUCGAUUCAGACAUGAUAUAGACCUCAUUAUCUCUGUUUUUGUCUUUGUUCAUGCAAGAAAUGGUCGGUUCAUCGUCACAUGUGUAUUGUAUUUUUGCUAAAGUGACCAAUAGCCAUGUUUUCAUUCAAAGUGCCUAUAUCAUGGUUUUGGAGUUUGCAUAUCUCGAAAGUUUAGGGUAUUUUAAGAAACUUUGCAAAACAGUUUGUUAUUCAAAUUUCAUCUUGAUGGAUUUAUUAGCUCUUAAAGUUACCGGACAUGACGUCAAAAGGAGAAUUGCAAAUCAGUUUUCCUUUGUAUCAUUGCAACAAAAUUCUCCUUUUGACGUCAUGUCCGGUAACUUUAAGAGCUAAUAAAUCCAUCAAGAUGAAAUUUUUCAAAUAUAUUGCAAAGUGUCUUAAAAUACCCUAAACUUUCGAGAUAUGCAAACUCCAAAACCAUGAUAUAGGCACUUUAACCAUUGUGUAAUAUCACGACUGAGUAAGUAAACCAACAUACUGUUAUUGGUUAGCUGGGCGAAAAAACAAUACACACUUGACGAUGUACCGAUUAUUUUUCGCAUAAACCAAAAUAAAAAAAAAACAUUGAUAAUGCGGUCUAUUAUGUUUGCGUCAAGUUUCCUAACCUUAUAGUCUAUUCAUAGCCUAUCGAAGGGAAGAUGGCUGUGAAACUCAUUAGAAUAACAAUAUAACUCAUCUAUAUUGGUCAACGUUUAUUCAUAAAUCUGGUCCUUCACCUUCACGUGCGUAUUGUAUUCUUGCCCAACUAACCAAUAGCAAUAUUUUAGGAAAGUCACCUAUCCGUGACUCGAACAAUAGGGAAACUGGAAAUUACUAUUGGUAGAUUUGGUAAAAAUACAAUACACACGUGACGGUGAAACAACCAGGUUUGUGAAUAAACGUUGACUAACAUAGAUAAUGAGUUAUAUUGUUAUUCUAAUGAGUUUCACAGCCAUCUUCCCUUCGAUAGGCUAUGGUCUAUUGACUAUGUUUAAAUGCUUGGUUACCUUUGCUCUACUUGUAGCCUAUCGAAGGGGGAAGACGGCUGUGAAACUCAUUAGUAUAACAAUAUAACUCAUUAUCUAUGUUAGUCAACAUUUAUUCAUAAAUCUGGUCCUUCACCGUCACGUGCGUAUUGUAUUUUAGUUGCCAAAUCCACCAAUAGCAAUUUCCAAUUUAUCAUUGUUCGAGUCACGGAUAGGUAACUUUCCUCAAACAUUGCUAUUGGUUAGUUGGGCAAAAAUACAAUACGCACGUGACGGUGAAGGACCAGAUUUAUGAAUAAACGUUGACUGGCAUAGAUAAUGAGUUGUAUUGUUAUUCUAAUGAGUUUCACAGCUGUCUUCCCUUCGAUUAGCCUGCCUUCGAUUAGCCUGUCUGAUCAUCGUUGGCUUAUGGAUGAUGUCAACGUACUUAUUACCAACUUACUGGCAGUUCCCCCCUAACAUCGGCUCCUAUUAUAUUUAUAAUGGCGUAUAUCGGUUCUCAGUUGUUCCAACAAGCCUAUCAAAGCUGAAUAACGCUAACCCUGCGUUAAAAUUUGACCUAAUUACAUUUGCAC